CAAAACAUAUGAGGGUCAACGAAUCCUGAAAUAAAAUGGAAGGAAGUAUCAAGAAACUAGAAACAUCUUUCAAUCAGCCACUUGUACAAGUAGUGAAGAAAGAAUACAAGAAUUAUAAGACUCAAACAAAAAAGCGGCUUACUUCGAAGAGUCCAUCCCCAGUUUCAAACAGACAAAUGAAUAUCAAAGUAAACUUGAGAGGAUUUAGAAAGAAAGCUCAGGAUACUUCUUGGAAAAGAGUACGAUCUCCAGUUCCUCUGAGCACUUUUAAUCUCAACUCACUUUCUCUCUGAGCUAAGAAGAUGUUAGGAAGUUAUUAGCUGCCAAGAAAGAUAAGGAAGGCUCCUUUCACUAGAUUUAAUAGAAGAAUCUAGUCAUUUUCUCCAGAUAUGAAAAGAUUAGCUCAGCCAGCACUAAAUCAGACUUCUGAUAAGAAGAGAAAAAUCAAACAACUGAAGAAUCGAGCAAAAGACAAGUCUCUCGCUUUCAAUACUUGAAUCUCCCAAGAAACUAGUCCAAUGAAUGAAGAUAUGAAGAACGUGUUUGGAUACAUGAUCAACAAGUUCGAUUCUUUCCACCCCAAAAUAUCCGACCUUAAAUCAGCUCCAGGCGUCUACAAGUCUCCUUACACAUUACGUCAAAAGCUUGAGAAGCUUCGGUUAAACAAAGACAUGCAAACGGCAGCCUCAUAACUACGAUAAAAAUCUCUCUAGCCCUAAGUUCAAGAUUGCUAAACAGUAAUUUCCAAAAGAGACCAAGUACGAUCAGAAGAGCUCUAACGGCUUAAUAUUAUCUAAUUAACACCUGAAUACUUUACUC